AUGGCCCCACGUUCAUACUCCAAGACCUACAAGGUCCCACGUCGUCCCUUCGAGAGUGCUCGUUUGGACUCCGAAUUGAAGAUUGUCGGAGAGUAUGGUCUCCGCAACAAGCGUGAGGUCUGGCGUGUCCAGUUGACUCUCUCCAAGAUUCGUCGUGCUGCCCGUCAAUUGCUCACCCUUGACGAGAAGGACCCAAAGAGACUUUUCGAAGGUAACGCCCUUAUUCGUCGUCUUGUUCGUGUCGGUGUCCUCGACGAGUCCCGCAUGAAGCUCGAUUACGUUUUGGCUUUGAAGAUUGAGGAUUUCAUGGAGCGUCGUCUUCAAACCUGUGUCUACAAGCUCGGUCUUGCCAAGUCCAUCCACCACGCUCGUGUCCUCAUCCGUCAAAGACACAUCCGUGUUGGUAAGCAAAUUGUCAACGUUCCAUCAUUCGUUGUCCGUCUCGACUCCCAAAAGCACAUCGAUUUCGCAUUGAGCUCGCCAUUCGGAGGUGGACGCCCAGGACGUGUCCGCAGAAAGAAGGCCAAGGCUUCCGAGAAGAAGGAUGAUGAUGCCGAGGAAGAAGAUGAGGAAUAG